CUGAGCGCGCUCCGUUUCAGUUUCAGAGAGCGGUUGCUGUGCAUGUGCUGGUGCUGCGACUUGACUGUUCGAGCACAGCUGCGUCUGCGUCCCCAUGGUGUAGAUAGGAGGGGAGGAAGCAGGAAGAGGGGGAGGCAGCCUGUGUGUGUGAGAGAGAGGCAGAAAGUAGUGAGGAAGGAAGCAGGAAGAUGGCUUGGAAUGCCCGCUUCGGCGAUGACGAGGAAGGCAGCGGCCUUGAGCUCAGCCUGGGCCUUCCGGGCUACUUCUCCGGGUCGCCAGACCAAGCCGCAGGUUUCGAGGAGAAAGCGAGCCGGGGUUCUGCUGCUGCUCCUCCUCCUCCUCCUCCCGCUGCUGCUCGAGCGAAAGGAAGCGACGGCUUCAAGGCGAGGCCGGCGGCAGCUGCUCCGGUCGUGGGAUGGCCGCCGGUGCGCGCGUUCCGGCGGAACCUCGCCACGUCGUCCUCCAAGCCGUCGAGCCACGGAGGCAAGGAGCCCGCCGCGAGCGCCGACGGCGGCAACAAGGGCCUGUUCGUCAAGGUCAACAUGGACGGCGUCCCCAUCGGCCGUAAGCUCGACCUGGCGGCGCACGCCGGCUACGACACGCUCUCCGCCGCCGUUGACAGCCUCUUCCGCGGCCUCUUCGCUGCUCAAGCGGCGGGGCCAGGCGGGGAGCAGCAGGCUGUCGCGGGUAUCCUGAGCGGCGGCGGCGGCGGCGAGCACACGCUGGUGUACGAGGACGACGAGGGCGACCAGAUGCUGGUCGGGGACGUGCCGUGGCCGAUGUUCGUCGCCACCGCUAGGCGUCUGCGCGUGCUGAAGAGCUCCGACCUGAGCCCGUCGUCGCUGAGGGCAGCGAGAGCCGCAGCUGAGUGCUGAACGCACCCUGGACCUGGAGCCUGAACGUUUUGCGGCCUCUCCGGAGGGCCCAUCCGUGUAAAAUCGAAGCAGUUUUCGUCGAUUUUGCUUUUAGCAAGGGAUUAUGUGUCCUAGUGAUCAAGUAGGGAAGCAAGAAUCUAUCUAGAGGUGAUGAGGGGUGUCGUAGAACCAUGCAAUCCUAGUGCUAGAUUUUUUUUCUGAAAGUUUAACAAGGUUUCUUGGCGCUGGAUAGGACAGCGGAUACGUUAUCGAGCUCGCCACGGCCCAUGGGCUACUACAUGUUUUGUGAGUUGUGUGACCUGGGGCGACCUAGUUCUUUUGUAUUAUUUUUUCUGGAAAAAAUUUAUAGCUAGAUUUGAUUCCCCCCCCCCCCCCCCCCCACACCCAAAUUUGAGGAGUCAAGAUGAACUAGAGAACAGAAGCAAAAAAAAAAGAACGAAGAGUAGGGCGGCUAAGGCUAACUGCACCGGUUCCCGUUAUGCCGCCUCCUCCCCCUCAAUCUCGCGGCUACACGAGCCCCCCCACGGCUGCAGCGGCACCUCUACAAGGCCCCCAGCCGGCAGAGGUGAAUAAGAUUCCGCCACAGACAGCAUGAGGACACUGACUCCUCUUUCUCCGCUCACGUGUACAUCAAUUUUUUUAAUAGUUGAAGGAAAAU